AUGCUGGACACGUUCCCUCGCCGUCACAUUGGCCCCGAUGACAAUGACACGGCCGACAUGCUCAAGGCCCUGGAUCCACCCGUCCAAUCCCUAGACGAGUUCGUCGCUCAGGUCAUACCACCUGAUGUUCUGUCGUCACGGGAGCUCUUUCCAGCUUCCAUCUCGCCCGAUAGACAGCCGGGUGACAAAGCUGUCAAGGAAGCCCUCCCCGAGCAUGAGGUCCUGGCCAUAGGAAGUAAAUUGGCGAAUUCAGUAGUGACAGGAAAGACUUACAUCGGUGCUGGUUACUACGGUACUCUUACUCCCGAAGUCAUCAAGCGCAACGUUCUGGAGAAUCCAGCUUGGUAUACGAGUUAUACCCCUUACCAGCCCGAAAUCAGCCAGGGCCGUCUCGAAUCACUGCUGAACUACCAGACGCUUGUCUCCGACUUGACCGCGCUGCCCAUCUCCAAUGCCAGUCUUUUGGACGAGGGAACUGCCGCUGCCGAGGCCCUGACGCUUUCCAUGAAUGCCCUGUCAUCUUCGAGGGCCAAAAGGGAGGGAAAGACCUUCCUCAUCUCUGACUUGCUUCACCCCCAGACCGCUGCUGUUCUGCGUAGCCGAGCUGAGGGUUUCGGAAUCAAGAUUGAGCGCGCCAACGUGCUUUCUCCGGAGUUCCAGUCGCGUCUAGACGAGCUCGGUGACGACCUGGUAGGAGUCAUGGUGCAGUAUCCCGAUACCAAGGGUGGCGUAGAAGACUUUAGCAGCCUGGCCGAGGCAGUUCACGGCAAAGGAGCACUGUUGAGUGUUGCUACUGACCUGCUGGCACUGACGGUACUCACUCCGCCUGGAGAAUGGGGCGCAGAUAUUGCUUUCGGUAACGCUCAGCGCUUUGGUGUCCCAAUGGGCUUCGGAGGGCCCCAUGCUGCCUUCUUCGCCGUCACCGAGAAGCAUAAGCGGAAGAUUCCUGGACGCCUCAUUGGUGUCUCGAAGGACCGUCUGAACGGAAGAGCGCUCCGACUGGCGCUGCAGACACGAGAACAACACAUCCGCAGAGAGAAGGCCACGAGCAAUGUGUGCACCGCCCAGGCGUUGCUUGCAAAUAUAAGUGCACUCUAUGCCAUUUACCAUGGCCCCGAGGGCCUAAAGGCCAUCGCUGAGAAGAUCAUCAAGGGUGCUAGAAUUGUACAAGCCGGAGCACAGCAGCUAGGCUACAAGACAAGAUCUAGCGGUACCGAUGCGGAUGGGCGAGUGAUUUUUGAUACUGUUGUCAUUGAGGCCCCGGGCGAAGCCCAAUCCAUCGUUGAGCAAGCGCAGCACGAUUUGGUCUAUUUCCGCCAACUGGGUGCGGAUGAGUUUGGCAUCAGCAUUGAUGAGACCACGUCUGAAAGGGAUCUUAUCCGGAUCUUAGGCAUCUUGCGAGAUGCUAAAAACCUGGGAUCGGGAGACAAAAUCAGUGCUGUUGUCUUGUUCAAGAGCCUCGCCAAGCAGCAGAUCACAUCUGCUGAGCUUCCUGAGAAGUUCGCCAGGACUUCAAGCUAUCUUACCCAUCCUGUCUUCAACACGCACCAUUCCGAGACCGAAAUUCUGCGCUAUAUCUACCACCUGCAGUCAAAGGAUCUCUCACUCGUUCACUCGAUGAUCCCCCUUGGUUCGUGUACUAUGAAACUCAACGGAACGGUCGAGAUGGCUUUGAUUACACAGCCCGGGUUCGCUAAUGCCCACCCAUAUCAGCCACUUAGCCGGUCUACUGGAUACUUACGGAUGCUUGGCUCUCUGGAAGACCAGCUGAAGCGCAUCACAGCCAUGGAUGCUGUCUCUCUGCAGCCCAACUCUGGUGCCCAGGGUGAGUUCGCCGGCUUGCGCACCAUUCGCAAGUACCACGAGAGCAACGGCCAGAGCAAGCGUGACAUUUGUCUGAUCCCUGUUUCCGCCCACGGCACCAACCCGGCAUCAGCUGCGAUGGCAGGCAUGCGAGUUGUGCCUAUCAAAUGCGACACCAAGACCGGCAACCUGGAUCUGGCAGACCUAGAAGCCAAGUGCGAGAAGCAUGCCGACCAGAUUGGCGCCAUGAUGAUCACCUACCCCAGCACAUUCGGCGUCUUUGAGCCGCAAAUCAAGAAGGUCUGCGAGAUCGUGCACUCGCAUGGCGGCCAGGUGUACAUGGAUGGCGCCAACAUGAACGCGCAGAUCGGUCUGUGCUCUCCCGGCGAGAUUGGUGCCGAUGUCUGCCAUUUGAACCUUCACAAGACCUUCUGCAUCCCUCACGGUGGUGGUGGUCCCGGAGCCGGCCCCAUCUGCGUUAAGGAGCACCUGGCACCUCACCUUGCACCCAAGGAGCUGGCGUUGUUUGAUAAGCAGGACCCCAUCAGCAGCGCGCCAUAUGGCAGUGCUAGCAUCUUGCCAAUCAGUUGGGCCUACAAUCUGUUGAUGGGCUCUGAGGGCCUCAAGAAGGCAACGGAGAUUACCCUUCUCAACGCAAACUACAUCCUUAGCCGGCUCAAGCCUCACUACCAGAUCGUCUACACGAAUGAGCAUGGCCGCUGCGCGCACGAAUUCAUUUUGGAUGCUCGCCCCUUCCACAACACCGCCGGCAUCGAAGCCAUUGACAUUGCCAAGCGUCUGCAGGAUUACGGCUUCCAUGCACCCACUAUGAGCUGGCCGGUCGCCAACACACUCAUGAUCGAGCCUACGGAGAGUGAGAGCAAGGAGGAGCUGGAUCGCUUCAUCGAUGCCCUGAUCAGCAUUCGUGAGGAGAUUCGUGAGAUUGAGGAAGGCAAGGCGCCGCGCGAGGGCAACGUGCUCAAGAUGUCGCCCCACCCAAUCCAAGAUAUCAUCCUGGGAGACGCAGGCGAGAAGUGGGAUAGGCCGUACUCGCGAGAGAAAGCGGCGUACCCGCUACCGUGGCUCAAGGAGAAGAAGUUCUGGCCCACUGUGGCUAGAGUAGAUGAUAGUAAGUUCACCCCUUCAGCGUGGACAACAAAAGACGCGUGCUAA